AUGGGUAGACGUACACGUUCAAUCUCUUCAGCAAUUUGUUGUAAACGACGUUUUCGCUCUUCAACUCCAACUUUAAGCUCAAUGAGUGCAAAGCGGCCUUCAGAAGCUGGACUUGUUCAUGCACUUUUUAUAAUAUUUUUAGAAUAUUUUUCUUGGGGUCUUUUGACUGUGCCUGUGAUUAGUGUUCUUGCUGAAACAUUUCCUUCAAAUAAAUUUCUUAUGAAUGGGCUUAUUAUGGGUUUAAAGGGCAUUCUCUCUUUUAUUUCUUCACCUUUGGUUGGCGCCCUUUCUGAUGUUUGUGGUAGAAAACCUUUUUUGUUGCUUACAGUGUUUUUUACGUGUAUGCCAAUUCCCUGCCUUAAAAUCUCGCCAUGGUGGUAUUUUACUCUCUUCACAUUUAGUGGCCUCUUCUCUGUAACUUUUAGUGUUGUGCUUGCUUAUGUAGCUGAUAUAACUGAACCUAAUGAAAGAACAACUGCUUGUGGUUUGGUUUCUGCAACUUUUGCUGCUUCUCUUGUCACAUCACCAGCUUUGGGCGCUUAUUUAAGUCGAAUAUAUUCUGAUGAUGUUGUUGUUCUUUUGGCUACAUUAAUUGCAAUUUUAGAUCUUUUAUUUAUUCUUUGUUGUGUUCCAGAAUCUAGAAAACAGCCACAAACUGUAAUUGAAGGAAUUAAUAGUAAUGGAUUCUCUGCAAAUCCUUUUAUUAUUUUACGUUUUCUUCGGGAUGAACAAACAAUUUUGAGAUUAUCUGCAAUUACUUUUUUGUCAUAUUUACCAGAAGCUGGACAAUUUUCAUGCUUUUUUGUUUACUUGAGACUGGUUGUCGGUUUUUCUGCUGAAUCUGUUGCACUUUUUAUUGCAUUUGUUGGUGUUCUUUCUUCGGCUAUAACACUUGGAUUAAUUUUUCAAUUUGUCCAGUUAGUUUGGUAUGGUGUUGGUUCUGCACAUUGGAUAAUGUGGGGAGCUGGAUUAUUUGCUGCAUUUUCUCAAAUGACUUAUCCAGCAAUUUCUGCUUUUGUUUCGUUACAGACAAAUAAAGAAUUGCAGGGAACUGUUCAGGGAAUUCUUAGCGGUAUCCGCGGUCUUUGUCAAGGAUUGGGCCCAGCAGUCUUCGGCCUUAUUUUUUAUGCUUUUGGAAUGGAUUUGACGUCAGAUGAUGAAAGUGCUGGACAUAUUGGUGUUGGUCCUCAAUUUCCUGUACCAAAUAUUCGAUUUCAAUCACCUUUAAUUCCUGAUAACAAUAAACCAAUAAGUGCCUCAACAGCACAAAAUAAUUCUUUGGAUAGAAUAACACUCAGAACUGGGGGCCCUGUUCCAGGUCCACCAUUCCUUUGUGGUGCACUUUUAGUUGUUUUUGCACUUAUUCUCAAUUUCUCAUUACCACAAUAUCGUCGGAAACUUCUUGUAAUGCAUCGUAGAUCAGGAGGAUCUUCAAAACUUGAUACAACAGCUCUUUUAAUUGAUGAUAAUGAAUCUUGUACAAAAUCAUCUAUUGAUGGGGAUGAUGAUGAAGAUGAAAGAAGAAAAGACGCGGAGGAAUGA